AUGUUCAAGCAGCUCGCGGUUCGACUGAGGAAUCUUGCUCGCUGUUCUCUCAGCCUGCGCAGCUCGAGCAAGGGCAGCAUCAGCAUCCAGCUGGGCAUCGACAUCCUCGUUCAGAGCCGCGUCUACAUCGUCCUGGGUAACCAGGACGCCGGCAGUACCAUCGCGAGGGCUCACCACCGCUUGUGGACGCGGAAGAUCAGAAGCGCUGGAUCGUGGAACGCUUAUUGGGUCACGAGGGCCCUCGUCGCGACACGAAGUUGUCGCGACUUCAUGAGCGCGCGGUUCCAACCGCGCGCAAGUAUCGUGUACGUUGGCUCAAUUUUCCAAACGAGCAGGAUAAAUUUGGUCGACGACCUGAGUUUUCUCGUGGUGAGCGAGAACGAGACGAACGACGACUCCGUCGUGGUGAAGCGUCACCUCGAUUGCGAGAAAGUCGUGGUGAAACGUCACCGCGACGACGAGAUGAAGAACGACGACGAGAACGUCGUGUUGAACGUGUAUCGCAACCACCACGCGAACGAGACGUCGUACCGAGCGUGUGGCACCACGACAUCGAGAACGCGGGUGGUGUCGCUUGCGUGA